CACUUGUUCUCAAUGUAUCCUUCUGGAAUCUUAGUCUCAACUUUGAUAAUAUGUUUCAUUGGAUUUUCUUUUGGUUUCCAAAGGUAUCCAGUGAGGAGGUUCAAUCAACCAAAUAUUCGUAAAUUACCACCAAGUAUUCAAAGAAUCAGAGCAACUUCAAGUUCAGUUCCUAUCAGAACAACAACUGUGCAAUCACUUCCGUAUAAUUUCAAAAACCUGGAAAACAUAACAUCAAUUCGGCAACUUUUAAUGGAAACCGCAAUUGCGCCAAUGAAAUCAGUUGGACCAGUUGCUAGAAUCACCCAAAAUAUAAAUACUGCACAAUUACCAUGUUGUCGUGAUCGUUUUGGAGAACAAGCAUGCCAAUCAUUGAGAAAAUCACAGCCAGCAUUAUUUGAAAAGAGAUGCUUGACUGAUCACGAUUUUGCCGCUAUUGAUUGCUGUGGAGAAUGCAGAAAAUAUAUUGAAAGAAAUAAGAUCAGUUCCGAGAAUUCUCGUUCACUCCAGAAGGCUCCAGCAAUGUGUAAAGACAAACAUUCUAUUGGAUUCUGCAGACGAUUCAAAGCAUCUGGAAUGGGAAAAUACAGCUGUUCUGAUGCAGAAUUUGCUGUUCGAGUUUGUCGUCAUUCUUGUGGAUAUUGUAAUGAUGAGUUGUACUCAAUGAAAAAUGCACCUGCUCUGUGUUCUGACACAAACCGAAUGAUUCCAAUUGUGAAUGGAACACAUCUGUAUUGGGCAUUUGGAAGAGAGGACAAGAAAAAAUUAAAUUAAUUGAAUUAUUUUGUUUUAAAAUGUUUUGUUUUCUCUAGUUAAGAGUACUUUUCCACCCACGUGGGUUAACUUUUAAAUCAGAUUUCUAUGUUUUAUUUUUUAGUUUGUACUGGCUGUUUCUAUUAAUUUUUCUGAAUAAAGUCUACCUCAUUCCCUGCAAA